AUGGCGAACCCUUCCCCUCAGCAUUAUGCAACGCUUCAAACGUUCCUGGAAGAGUUUAACUCGAUGAAUAUGCAGGAUUAUGAGGGCAAAGUCACUGGAAUUUGGUCCCUAAUCCUAAAUCAUUACUUCAACCAGGCCGAGGGAUAUGUGCAUCGAUCCCAGGGCUUGGUGGUUGGGGGAUACAUUGACGUGAAAACUACUCAAGAGGAAGGAGCAUGGAAGCAAGGCCGUGACCAACUCACGAAAUACAUGGCUGCCACUGCCGCUACAAAUACCUGGAAUCACCCGAUCUACGGGAUUGUGGCUUUCGGAAACCGGGAUCGAUUCCACCGGUUUAUCAAUGGUGAAGCUGCAUUUUUCAGGGGCUCGCGGAAGUAUAAUAUCUUCUCAGAAUCGCACUUGGUCGAGAGCAGACUGCUUGAAAUCAAGGGCAACCAUACUUAG